CCACCGCCAUCGCUCUCUCUGCCUCUCGCUCCCUCUCCCCCCCUCUCGUAUCCAACUCGUCUCUCCACCAUCCAAAAUACCCCAAACCCUCUCCUUUAUAUCCCCUUAUCCCCUCUCCCUCUCUCUCCCCCAUCUCUCAGCACCCAUUUUUUGGUAAAGCUGCAAAGAAAGAAUGGGGACGAGCGCCUCCAAGAACCCGGACAGCUUCCAUGGCGGACGGGAGGGCGGCGGCCAGCUCUACGUCUCGCUCAAGAUGGAGAACUUGAAGAUCAGGGGCGACCUCAUACCCCACGUCUACGGCUCCAGCUCCAUCAUCGGUUCUUGGGACUCCUCCAAAGCCCUCUCCAUGGAACGGGAAUCGGCGUCGAUGUGGGAGCUCAGUUUCGUCGUCCCCUCCAAUCACGAAACGCUGGAUUUCAAGUUCUUGUUGAAGCCAAAGUACAGCAACGCGCCGUGCGUGGUGGAGGAGGGCCCGAACCGGCUGCUGACGGGAGGGACGCUGGAGGGGGAUGCAAGGUCGGCGCUGUUCAAGUUGAGUGGGGAUGAGGAUGAGCUUGAGUACAGGGUCUUUAUUAAGGCGGAUAUUGUGUCACCAUUUGAUCUUGCGGCGAGCUGGAGGGCGUAUCAGGAGAACCUCCAGCCAUCGAGGGUACGUGGGAUUCCAGAUGUCAGUAUCAAUGUGGCGCCUGAUGCUGAAUUUGAGAAUGGUUCUGCAGCUAGUUUGGAGCUUGAUUUAGAACACUAUGUUGUUCCAGCACCAACCGCCAGCUCCGGUGUUGUUUAUGCAGCUAACUUAGCAGAGACUCCAAGAUCCUUGGUUCAUGCUGGUAUUUUCUCUAAAAGCGACGGCUCAAGCAGUGGUUGGCAUUCUUCAAGUAAAACUGGAGUUGUUUCUACCGACCAUGCCAAUAGUAAAAAGGAUAUUGAGGUCACCAUUGGAGAUCCUACAAAUAUUUUUCCUGCUUCUGGUAUGGUUGAGUCAAAAUCGGUUGGAACAUUUUCGCCCUUGCAAAAGCAGCAGGAUGGUCAAAAGGGACUCUUUGUUGAUAGGGGUGUGGGCUCUCCUAGGCUUGUCAAAUCAGCUAGUGCAAGUGCAUUCACAAGUGAUCUAAAUUUGGACUCUGAAGCAAAGAAGGACAUGCCAGCGGCAGCUGGAGCUGUUGCUGCAGCAGCUGUAGCUGAUCAGAUGCUCGGACCAAAGGAAGACCGACGGUUAGCAAUUGUGCUGGUUGGUUUGCCAGCUCGAGGAAAGACUUUCACUGCAGCCAAGCUUACAAGAUAUUUGCGAUGGUUAGGUCAUGAAACAAAACAUUUCAAUGUGGGCAAGUAUCGCCGACUUAAGCAUGGAACAAAUCAGUCUGCUGAUUUCUUUCGAGCGGACAAUCCUGAAGGGUUGGAGGCACGCAAUGAGGUUGCGGCCUUAGCAAUGGAUGAUAUGCUGGCAUGGAUGCAGGAAGGAGGUCAGGUUGGUAUAUUUGAUGCCACAAACAGCACCAGAAGGCGAAGAAAUAUGCUUAUAAAAAUGUCUGAAGGAAAAUGCAAGAUCAUAUUUUUGGAAACUAUAUGUAAUGAUGAGCGGAUAAUUGAAAGAAAUAUACGUCUAAAAAUUCAACAAAGUCCUGAUUAUGCAGAAGAGCCAGAUUUUGAAGCUGGACUACGAGACUUUAAAGAACGGUUAGCCAAUUAUGAAAAGGUCUAUGAGCCGGUAGAAGAGGGUUCUUACAUCAAAAUGAUCGAUAUGGUCAGUGGACAAGGUGGACAGAUACAAGUCAACAACAUCAGUGGUUAUCUUCCAGGCCGGAUUGUAUUUUUCUUGGUGAAUACUCAUCUCACAUCUUGCGCUAUCCUUCUUACUCGCCCUCGCCCUAUCCAUCUCAUACAUACAUAUGUGAACACUCAUCUCACACCUCGCCCUAUCCUUCUUACUCGGCAUGGGGAGAGUCUAGAUAACGUUAGAGGAAGAAUUGGAGGUGACACAGUGUUGAGUGAAGCUGGGGAACUUUAUGCAAAGAAACUAGCUAACUUUGUAGAGAAGAGACUGAAAUCUGAGAGGACUGCUUCUAUAUGGACUAGCACUCUCCAGAGAGCGAUAUUGACCGCAAGUCCGAUUGUUGGAUUCCCAAAGAUUCAAUGGCGUGCUCUUGAUGAGAUAUAUGCUGGAGUUUGUGAUGGAAUGUCAUAUGAAGAGAUAAAGAGAAACAUGCCUGAGGAAUAUGAAUCGCGUGAGAAAGACAAGUUGAGGUAUCGAUACCCCCGUGGAGAAUCAUACCUCGAUGUCAUUCAAAGAUCAGAGCCUGUUAUUAUUGAGCUCGAACGACAGCGUGCACCGGUUGUUGUCAUAUCUCACCAGGCUGUAUUGAGAGCAUUGUAUGCAUACUUUGCCGACAGGCCUUUAAAAGAAAUUCCUCAUAUUGAGGUACCACUUCAUACCAUAAUUGAGAUACAAAUGGGGGUUACAGGUGUUCAAGAGAAAAGAUACAAGCUCAUGGAUUAAGUUCAUUUUCCUAGGAGGUGUAACACUAGUCAAUUAUCAGAAAAUUGGCAAUACUAUUUUGCUUUCUAAUGCAAUUUCUUUGUAAUCAUCAUUUGUGGACCAGUUAUAGGGCUUGAAAGCAAGCCUCUCUGGUCACUGUAGUGACACAAGCAUCUACCAAAUUAAAAAAAAAACAAUUUCCUGGUUUUUAAGCAA